CCCAAGUACAUCGACUCUGUUACCCAAGAAUAUCCCUUUCUGUUCCCCAGACCAUCUACUGUUCCGUCACUGAACAUUGUCCCCCUUUCCGAGCACAUCUAUCUCCACUCCAUUUGUCAACUAUCUACUUAAUUCCCGAGAAUAUCUCCCUCCUGUCUGUAACGCAACUCGCGACGGUGAAGAAAACCGUCUCUAUUCCCAAGCACAUCUACUCUCUGUUUCACAUCUACUCUUCUGCACCAGCUACCUCAUCAUCACCUCCCUUUCAGAUACACAUCCUUUCUGUUCUCAGAGAACAGUUACCUUCAAAUCCCCGGCCCAUCGAUUUUCUGUUGUCAAAAACAUCCACCGUCGAGGCCUUUUCUUUCUGCUCUCAAGACCGUCUUGAAGAGCAACCGUCGUUCCAAAAACAUCGACCAUCGAUUCUCAAAAGAAUCAUCCACCGUCCCGACCAUCCUCUCCCCGUUGCCAAUACACCUGCAUCGAAAUGGCGCUCAAGCAUGCAACCAAAACUGUGAGCGAACCACCCAACCCCAAGAAACGGGGACGGCCCGCCAAGGGCGCCGCCUCGGCGGCCGCGAAGACCACCACCACCCGCAAGCGCGCGGCCGACACCCCAGUGGAACCUAACACCUCCAAGAAGAGGGCCCGGACCUCCACCACUGCUGGGGUGUCGCCCAACACCACCCAACCGCAAGUCAAUACGCGGAAGCGCGCCGCCGAGGCGGCACUCGAAAAAGAGGAAGAAGAAGAAGAAGCUCGCCCGAUCAAGCGAGCCCGGGCGGGGGCCACCGCCCAGGCCAAGAAGAAGGAGGCUGGGGCCGUCAAGGGCCGGACCAGACCCCUCGCUGGUAUGAAGACCCUCCCACCAGACUCAGCCAGCGAUACCAGCGAGGGGGAGGUCCGAAUGACGGCCCCCAGCCACGAGGGGAAGCUGGAGUGGCGACAGAAGAAGGAACAGGCGAUUGUGCCCCCCCGCCAGGAAACGCCCCCACCAACAUCAACACCAACACCAUCACCGACACCCCUCAAGAGCAUCCUCAAGAAAGAGGAGCCCGUCCCGGAGGAGCCGCCGCUGUACACCGACGAGUUUUUCGCGGAUAUCGCCGCGUCCAUCGCGCGGUCUUUCCCCUUGGUCGAGUUCGCUGCUGCCCAUAAAUGCAGCAUAAACCAGGUGGCUCAGGCCAUCGGCGCCACCAUCAUCGCGCCCCUGACCGACACCAGCUUCUGCUGGCAUGAAGACCCCGACAUCACAAUCGCGACCUUCGGUCAGCACAUGAUGGACACCUGGGCGGAACACUGCAAGCGCACCCUCGCGCUGCAGCGUGCCGCCGAGAAGGAGGAGUCCGGGGACACGCCUGCUGUUCCCCCUCCGGCCGAUUCCGACUCGGACUCCAGCGCGAGUUCGUCCUCGGCUCCUCCUUCUCCCCCCGCCGCUCCUCUCCCGUCCUCAGGGCCCGGUAAGCCCAAGAAGCAGGUAAGAUUCGACUUGCCCUGAGGCUCCGGGGGAGAGAGGGGUGGGGGUGGGGAUGGGGGUGUCCA